CUUCCAACUCACCACAUCACAAUCCAUCCAGAAUAAUCAAGUAGUAUGGCCGCUGCAGUUCUUCCAGGGGCUCCCACCACCCUCCUUACUCCACCACCCCCAUCCGGUUCCUCCGGUCCCCACCACGUCCAAACCACCCUCAACUUCAUCAAAGAGCUCCCGGAUGGAUCCCAUCUGGCGCCAGCGUACGUCGGCGUCCCGUCCAGCUACGAGCGGCCUAGCACGGAGCUCCCGGUGACCGUCCACGAUGUCAGUGGCCACGAGUUGGACUAUACUUUGGACAGCCACGGGUUCCAAUUCUACUACCACACCAGCGCGGAGAAGGACUUUCUCGAUGAUGAGAAGAUCAAACGGGAAUAUUACCCGGAAAUUGAACAGUUGUUGAAGGAUGCAACCAACUGCACCCGCACCUUCAUCUUCGACCACACCAUCCGCCGCCCCUCCUCCUCCCCCACCAACCUCCGCACCCCCGUCCAACGCGUGCACAUCGACCAAAGCUACUCCGCCGCGACGGCCCGCGUCCAGCACCACCUGCCCGACCUGGCCCCAUCGCUCCUAAAAGGCCGCUACCAAAUCAUCAACGUCUGGCGGCCCAUCAAAACCAUCACCCGGGACCCGCUCGCCGUGGCAGACGCGCACUCCGUCCCGGAUAGCGAUCUCCUCCCGACGAAACUCAUCUACCCGGAUCGCGAGGGUGAGACGUGCUCGGUGAAGCCGAAUCCGGAUGUGAAGUGGUAUUAUCGGUAUAGGCAGAGUCCGGAACUGGUGACGUUGAUUAAGUGUUUUGAUUCGAAGACGGAUGGGCGGGCGAGACGCGUGCCGCAUAGUGCGUUUGUGGUGCCGGGGACGGAGAAGGAGGAGGCCAGGGAGAGUAUUGAGGUUAGGGUGUUGGUGUUUCAUGAGGAUGAUACUGAUUAAACCUGCGGAGCGAGCGAAGCAUGCGAAGCAUGCGAGGCGAGCAGAGCAGGGUAUGUGCGUAGUAUGAGGUGUUUGUUUUAUGAGAAUGAUUAUUUAGGGGAUGGAUGAUAGUUAGGGCUGUCUGUUUCUUCUGUCACUAUCACUGUUGCUAUCGUAUCAUAUAUCUUUAUCGAUAAGAACAAACGGGUGGAUGGAACGAGAACCCACAAUGCAGCCUAGCAACGAAC